GAACUACCGGGAGCGCGCCUGUGACAUGGGAGGUGCGAACGAAGGUUGAGGUUUGUUGUCAGGUGACACGAGUCAGCUGAUCCUGGGGUUUCAACUCUAACUCCUGGACUGCAACUGAGCAAGGAUCGGUGGUGGGUUGCUGAAGGCUGUGAGUGAUGGAGCUGCUGGUUUUCCCUCUUGUGCUGCUUGCCCAUUUCGCUCUAUCCCUGGACAAUGGCCUCAUGAGGACCCCUCCCAUGGGCUGGCUGGCAUGGGAACGGUUUCGCUGCAACAUUGACUGCGCCACGGACCCCAAAAACUGCAUCAGUGAGAGCUUGUUCAUGGACAUGGCCGAUCGGUUGGCAGAAGAUGGCUGGAAGGAGCUUGGCUACGAGUACGUGAACAUCGAUGAUUGCUGGGCGGCAAAGAAGAGGGACUCUCAGGGACGGCUGGUUCCUGAUCCUGAUCGAUUCCCCAGUGGAAUUAAAGCUUUGGCACAAUACGUCCAUUCUAAAGGUCUGAAACUUGGCAUUUACGCGGACCUAGGCAAGUACACGUGUGGUGGCUACCCAGGCACCACAGUGGACAAGGUUGAGUUGGAUGCCCAUACCUUUGCCUCCUGGGGAGUGGACAUGCUGAAGCUGGACGGCUGCUACUCAAACUCUUCCGACAAGGCUGUGGGUUACCCACUGAUGUCAAAGGCGCUGAAUGCCACAGGGCGUCCGAUUGCCUUCUCCUGUAGCUGGCCAGCGUACGAAGGAGGUUUACCACCUCGGGUGAACUACACUCUGCUGGGGGAGAUCUGCAAUCUCUGGAGGAACUAUUACGACAUCAGCGAUUCAUGGGAGAGCGUUCAGAGCAUCAUCAACUGGUACGGGAAGCACCAAGAUGUCCUGCAGCCGGCGGCCGGCCCAGGGAGAUGGAACGACCCAGACAUGUUAAUCAUUGGCGACUUUGGCCUGAGCAUUGAGGAGUCCAAGUCACAGAUGGCCCUUUGGGCCAUUCUUGCAGCUCCCCUCUUCAUGUCUAAUGACCUGCGGACAAUCUCCAGGUCAGAUGUUGAGAUCCUACAGAACAAGCUGCUGAUCAAGAUUAGUCAAGAUCCACUGGGAAUUCAGGGCCGUAUGAUAAUGCAGGAGAAGAAUAGUAUUCAAGUCUGGAUGCGAGUGUUGUCCUCCUCAACCAUGGCGUUCGCUUUCUUCAGCCAGCGCACUGACAUGCCUUACCGGUAUACCACGUCUCUGAUCCAGCUCAACGUCACGGCCCCAAAGGUGUUCUCGGCACAGGACGUGUACACAGGUCGCGUCCAGCACGGCCUGCAGCUUGACACCAAGUUCACUGUCACUAUCAACCCAAGCGGAGUGGUAAUGCUCUACGUGUAUCCAGAAGACCAGUUCAAACCAAACAGAAGGCCCAGAGACUACCCACUACUGCUGUGAAGGAGCCUCCAUCACCAUGGCAACAGGAGGCCCAAGGCCUGUACUUGGCCGCCAUGAAACAGCAUUAACCGCUGUUGAGGAUCUGGUCUUUAACUCUUUGUGCAUUUCAUUGAAAAUUGGGCAUAUUUUAUGCUUAGGUGGGAAAUUCUGAAGGGAUUACUUAUCCUGUUGGCUCUUGAUGGUCUAUUUUUUAAUGUAGUUUUCCUUCAAUUAUGGUGUUUCUGGUACUCUAGGGGUUAAACAGUCAGUGUGGAUGUCUUGGCCAUUGACUGUCCAUUCUCUCAGGUAAAAGUGUGCAGCACUGUUGCAGGCUGUUCAGCCCAACAUGGAUCGGUCUCCAGACAUAGACCUAUAAUAGGGCUCUUAUCAAGCAGGCUGCUUCAUCCUUCAUCCUGGAUGGUAGGUGAAGCAUUUAACAUGUUAAAAUUGGGAUGGAAUGAUAUUUGUUCUUUAACAGCAUGCAAUUUAUUAACAAGGAUCUUCUGAUCACUCAAAACCAGAUAUCCUGAUUCCACUGGAAUAUUAUAGUCAGCCUGUGUCAACAGGACUGUACCUUUGAAAAACUAAGCCCCUCGAGUAGUGAAACUAAACUUGGUAAUAGAUUCCAGAGGACAGUAGCCUCAUGGUCAAAUUACUGGAUUGGCAGCCAGACCUCUGCAACAUUGAGCUUGAGCUACGAGUUCAUAUCCUACGGUGGCAGCUUGGGAACUUAAGUUCAACAAAAUAAAUAAAUAUUGAUUUUUACCAUAAGAGAUUCUGCAGAUGCUGGAAAUCAGAACAAUACGCACAAAAUACUGGAGGAACUCAGAGGGGUUAGGCAGUAUCUAUGGAGUUGACUUUUCAAGCUGAGGUCUUUCAUCAGGAUCCAUUGGUUUUUGAAUUAAUAUCAUUGACAGUGACGGUAAUGCCACUGAGCUGUUAUACAAACCCACCUGGUACAUUAGUGAUGUCCAGAGAGGAAAUCUGCUCUUCUUACCCGGCACAGCCGGAGCGUGACACCUAAGUGGUUAACUCAUAACCCCUCGGUUCAGGAGCACUUGGUGAUGGGUAAUAAAUGGUGCUGUGUUUCCACACAUCCACACUCCUGGAACAAAUCGAUAAAAACCGAGAAGUUUGCAUUUCUAAUAGUUAAAAUGUGGCAGAGUGAAGCACUCCAGCCCUUGAAUACUCUGGGUGAGCAUUCUCAGCACAGGAACAGCUAGUCUUGCUGGAGGCAGAGUCACCACCGGGUACGGUACCUCCCACUCGAACUCUUUUAACACUGUGCGCAAAACCUUCACUUCAUUCAUGUAAUUCUGGUUGCUGUUAAACGCAAGGUCUUCAUUACUCCCUGCCCACGUACUUUCAAGUUCCACCACUCCACUUCUGUCUGGGGAAGUUUCGUUCCUUCUCAGUUCCUCAUUUUAUUUUUGGUGUUUAUAACCAUCAAUUUUGGAUUCAUCUUCCAAUGUCUGCCUCUGAGACCUGCAUACUUACAAAUAUUAUGUCUCACCUUAGUUUAUCUUUGCCAGAGAAGUUGGCCACGAACUUGGUCUACGAUACUAGUUGUAGGCUCUCAGUUGAGCUGCCAUUUUCCUUGUUAUUUUUUUUUAUUCCUGUAUGUCCUCCUGUGCCCCUCUAUCCACUUCAACCUAGUGGUUGGGACUGUGCUCCAGGAUUUGGGAUUUGUUGCUAUCUUUUUAUUUGCAAUAGCUCCCCAUGGUAUUCGUGUUGUAUUCAGAGAGCAGCUCUGGCCGGGGGCAUUCCACCCCCAGGCCUUAACGUAGGUUCUGGAAAUCUACACUGCUGCAAUGGGGAGUUGGAGAUCUUCACUGAGUGUGUGCAUGAUUCCCAUCUGGUAUUCUCACCGAGUUGGGAACAGCGUAUUGGUCCAAUGGUGCACUAAAGAUUUGGGAAAUCUCUGCUCCACAUUAAAAUUGACAGCUUAUUAGACGCCUCCCCCCAUCCCCCAUUCAUCCAUGUCAUUUUAUCUUGGGUUUAGCUACAGCUUUUCCUCUUCAGUAUUUAUUGUGGUAGGAGCUAGGCUACAUCGCAUUGGUGAGACUGUGCUGGAGCCACCAUUUUGGUUAUGGUCGUCAUUCCCAAGGACAUCAACACUUAGCAUUACACAAGUGAAUCCAAGCUCCUUGAUUUCCAUGGGAAAGGGCUGCUGAUGGAGGGAGGAUUGAACUUGCAUACCCAUGAAGCAAAGGCAAUUUAGUGCAAUGUAAUGUUCAGAGAGGGCUUUUCUUUUUAACUUGUUCACAGCAUUGGCAAUACUGGGAAUUAUCCAACCGUCAAUACCCCUGAACUAAGGCCUGAGGUCAAUUGUUUUGGUAGUCUGAGGUCACAUGUAGGCUAGGGUUUUAUACCACUCUGGUUAUUUCACAUUCCCACUACAGAAACUAGCCAUUUUAAUUCCCCAUUUAUUUAAUGACAGUUUAAACCCUUCCCUUCCCUCCCCAGCUAAUGUGGUUGGAUUCUAACUGGAGUCUCUAGAUCAAAGUUCCAGACCUUGGCUGCUAGUCCAGGAAUUUGAACAGUAACUGCAUGAUAUUGAUUCAUCUGUUGGACAGUCGAGAAGUGGUGCCAAUCUUUGGGAUUUUGUGAACCUUGAACCUUCUUGAAUGAGCUGAGAAAUACAUUUACUGAAAGAACUUUGGAUUUUUUUUAACCUUGGGGAACUGCAGAUGUCUCAGUUAUUGAAAAUAUUUAAGGCUGCUGUUGACGGACUGUGAGACUUUCAAAGAAUGGAGGGGUUCGGUGAGGAAAAUAUUGCGGAAGUUCAGCUGUGAUUGUACUAAGUGGCAGUCAGCUGGGGCCUGAGUGAUCGCCACCUGCUCUCGGUAGUUAACGUAGUGACCAUAAGACAAAGGAGCAGAAGUAGGCCAUUUGGCCCAUCGAGUCUGCUCUGCCAUUUUAUCAUGAGCUGAUCCAUUCUCCUAUUUAGUCCCACUCCCCCGCCUUCUCACCAUAACCUUUGAUGCCCUGGCUACUCAGAUACCUAUCAAUCUCUGCCUUAAAUACACCCAGUGACUUGGCCUCCACUGCUGCCCGUGGCAACAAAUUCCAUAGACUCACCACCCUCUGACUAAAAAAUUUUCUUUGCAUUUCUGUUCUGAAUGGGCGCCCUUGAAUCCUUAAGCCAUGCCCUCUCAUACUAGACUCCCCCAUCAUGGGAAACAACUUUGCCACAUCCACUCUGUCCAUGUUACCAGAUUAGCGACUGGGGGCUUGGACUAUUGAUCCAGGUGUAUAGAAUCAGGCUCUUCAGCCAAUCGUGCAAGAUCCAAUUUCACAGUGGCCACUGAAAACUUCAAGUAAGAAAUAAACAGUAAUUAAGGAAAACUCAAACAGAUGUUUGGAAUUAGUCAUGAUGGCCAUAAAACUAUUGAAUUGUCAUUUAAUCCUUCAGAUUCACUAAUGAGCAUUUGGGGAGGAAACCUAUCUAGUCCUUACCUGGUUUGGUUUACAUGCAACUGAAGAGCUAUCAGUGUGCUUGGUCCUGAAGUACCUCCUCGGGUCAAAGACCUUUAAAGGUAGUGGUGUGGUAGCACAAGGAGAGUUUCUCUCUUCAGUUAAAGGGUGGUGGUUCUCAUUCAGUGGGGGCAUCACUGCUGUUAUAACUCAUCCAUCCUGCACUGUCACAGCAUCUGCAAGGGCAAUGUGUUCAUGGUGGCUAUGUGACAGAGCUAGUCUCCUGGUUGACUACAGGUAGAUAUGUGCACAUUGUUCCAAUUCCAUUAUUUGUUCAGUUCCCUUUUGCAAGUCCGCCUCCGCCGCCAUUUCAGUGAAUGUAAAUCCAACUGUAAUAACUGACCGUGAGUUUUCAUUGCCUUUUGAUCUUCUUUCCUUUCCUGUUGUCAAAUUAUCUUUAAUCCCAAAUUUCACACAAUCAGCAGCUGAGACAUGUUCAUUUGUUAAAUUGCACUUUUAAAACACUUACUAAGGCACUGAGAUUGUUGUUCACGCCACAGUAAAACUGCCGUGCUGUGAGGGUGGCGGAAGAAUUAAAUAUGUAUGGUGAUUGAUUGGGUGCUGAAAGAUGUCUUCUUCAGCAAAAAAAAUCUUACUGCUUUUUUUUUAAAUCAAUACGUUGCUUCUGUGAAUUUGUAUUUUCUUAAAAAAUAAAAAUGUUACUAUAU